AUGAUCGGCUCGACAGUCGAAUCGGGCAGCGAAUCGCGAAUCGAUCUCCGGGCCGGCUCAAUUAUCCGUCGAAAACAUCAAAGCAAAUCCCGGUACCUUGGUUGUGCGCCAUGGCUUCUCCUGGCCGCCGUCCUCAGCUUCAAAUUUGCCGUGCUAGCUGGUUGGCUGGUCAGAGAAUACUACGAAUCGGGCUAUCGAUGUGCAUUCACGUGGGAUGAUAGUGAUUGGCAGGGUGAAAAUUCUGCACUCACUGCUGCACCCGCUGAUAAUGGACGCUACGCACAGCUGCUACGGACAAAACGGCAGCAGGACCUCAGCUCGAUGAAACGCCCCACUGCGGUUCAGAUGCAACCCGUUCAAACCAGUGGCAUCCAGCUGCUACAAUCCGUCGGCGGACAAACGAUACGCACAAAGACAAUCCGCAACCGUAUCGAGGCGUUGCCCGGAAAUUCGGUAUCUUUGAACGACGUCCCAAAAAUGAAGCCCAAGCCGCAGAUGCCGAUUUAUGAGGAAGGGGGCAGCACCGAGGUGGUCAGUUUGGAUGAUGAUCAGAUUGAUCGCUUACGGCCACCAAUUGGCGGUCCCGUUCCGAAAGUUCCAAGAAUCGUGGCACGCGAAUCCGGGGAGGACAAGGAAAAUGGCCAGAAUUCAACG